CAAAUUAUGAGUUCACUUCGAAUGCGGGUGUACAGUAGGGUAUUCAGACAUGCUGGGUUUCAUCGCGACAGUGUUUGUUGCUUACUCUUCCACGUCAUAUAUUCUGCUGAGGAGACCGAUCAUAUUUCUCAGAAGAAAGCGGCUUCCUUUCGAAGCUUCUCAUAUUAGUCACCGGGGUGGUUCAGGAGAACAGAUUGAAAAUACUUUAGAGGCUUUCAGUAGCUCUUUGCUUGUUGGCACAAAUAUGUUCGAGACUGAUUGUCAUAUCACGAAAGAUAAUCAGGUUGUCGUAUUUCAUGAUAAUACGCUAGAUCGUUCUACUGGAGUGUCGGGUUUAGUGAAAGAAUUUUCAUACGAAGAUUUACCUAGAUACCUUAGAGUAAUUGAAGUUCAGUUCACCCCAGGCUCCUUUUGUAUUGCGGAGUCUCCCUCCUCAUAUAAAAUUCCACGAUUAGAGGACUUGUUUAAUAAGUUUCCAAAUACCCCCAUCAAUAUUGAUAUUAAAGUUAAUGACAAUCUUCUCAUCAAUGAGGUUGCCCGCCUUACUGAAACUUACAAUCGAGAGCAUAUAACUGUAUGGGGGUCGAUGAAUUCAAAAGUAUCAAAAAAAUGUGAAUUACGCAAUAAAAACAUUCUCACUUUUGCUCCAAUUUCGUAUGUAAUAUGGAUAAUGACGUGCUAUGUUGUGGGACUACUCCCUUUCAUACCUAUAAAAUAUGAUUGUUUUGAAAUUCCUUUAGUUUCUGUUAUUCGAUCUAACGAGUUUGCCAGACGACGUCAUUGGGAUCGCUUUUUACCUCAUACAGUUCUUCUGCUCUCAGAUUUGUAGCAUAUUAUCGUCACCUUUGUUCAUCGAACAUCUACGAAAACGUGGACUUCCGGUAAGUUUGCUAAAUUAAUAAGUUAUUUUAAACAAAAAAAUAUCUUCCAGUGUUCAUGUAGGUGAAUAUUUCGUAUCCAUUCUAUUCGGAAAUCCAUGUUUGUGUCUGAUUCGAUUCAACUUUUAUUGUGAAAUUUCAAACUAUGAUGGAUAAUGGCUAUCAGUGGAAUCCAAGACGUGCGUUUCGUUCUAUUUGGGACUCAUCAGCUGGAUGUGCCAGCAUCCCAGAGUUGAUGUUUACUCAGGGACUCGAACCUAGCACCAUUCGCUCCAAACGCCAUCGCGUUAUCCACUUACCUACUGGAUCCUGAUAGCCAUCUGUUUGUGCAAUCGGGUGAAGUUUAAAUUCACUUGAUAUUUUUUGCUUGUAUCUUCCCAUCGUUGAUGCAAGUACAUCCAGCUGACGGAUCCCAAAUAGGACGAAACGCGCUUCCUGGAUUCCACUGUUAACCACCAUCCAUCUUUGCCUAUAAAGCUUGUGACUUAAGGCAAUAUCGAGGCAGUUCGCACAAGGUGCAUAUAUGCCAACAAGAGACUGAUCAAUUACAGUCCUAAACAACAAUGAGAAGAUACAAGCUAAUAAUACCUUUUUUAAUUCUAUUAUGUAUAAAAAUUCAUCAAGAAGUAAUGUGAUCACUAUUAAUUUUUAACUGUUUUCAAAUUUUACCACCCACGGCUGUCAUUAUAGUUUUCUUGUCAAAAGGAAGACUAAUUACCAAUUUUUCAUAUCAUAGAUGAUUUAUGAUAGAAACGACUAUCCCGUUUUGUAUCUUGAAUAACAGAACUUUUACUCCAAUCAAUGCUAAGCAAAUUUCAAUAAAACUAUCUACUGAUUGUUAUAAAAACUAAUUGUGUACAUUUUUUUAAAGAUCGGAAUACGUUUUAUGUAUACACUUACUAAAGUUCUCCGCACAUUCUCAUAUUGUAAUCGUUUGCAAUGGCACAAGUGCAGCUACUCUUUGUGUUCUCCCAAAUUCUAAUCUUCUGAAUUAUUCAUGUCCCUUUUUUUCUCUUUCCAAAUUUAUUUCACUGGAUUAUACUCCUUGAAUAACAUUUUCAAGCCCUAAUGUUUCCGAUUACUGCUUAUACUCUUACCACCUCUACCACUACGGAAUUUGAAUCGACAACUGCAUUUCUGUGCUAAUGCGGUAUGAUACGGCAACUCGAACUGAUGUACGUACGUACGAAAUUCCACGUUGUUACUGAACGACUGAUAUUAUUUUACACCAAACUCCUAUAAACUUGAUUCAUCUAUCAAGUACAAGCGGGUUAAUGUAUCUGGUUUUAAGUCACAGUUUAGCUAUAUGAAAGCUACUGAUAUUACCCAGCUACCUAAAUCGAAAGUUGACGCUGAGGUUUUUAACUUGUGCGUUGAUUAUUGAAAGUUGGAUUAUUUAACUAAUAAUAAGCUAUAUCUUUACUACUACUGGUAAAUAUUUAAUAAGCUGAACUAAUGUAUAUUUUCAAAUCAGUAAUUGCAAAAUACACUAUGCUAAAUGUAAAGUAUUUACACAAUAUUAUUAAGAUAAACAGACAUCAUCAAUAUAGAGACUGGUACAAAUGUAUGUUGACCUAAGUUGCCAUACCACAUUAGCAUGACAAAAUAAACAAAGGGAACUAACCGUAUGAAAUGAAAUUAAAAAUUAGACCUAAAUAAUCUAGCAGCAAUAACAAUUCAAAGAAAAACCAAACGUUGAAAAGAUAAAAUGGAAAGGCAUGUAUACAGAAGUACUGGAAUUCAAUAUCGAGAGGAAAAUAUACGGUAGAUGCAUCUGUCAUCCAGUUUCUAACCACACCUUAUUAAUAUGAAUAUUAGCACCAUGUAGAUCAAUAAAUCAGAUAUUUUCUACACCUACAAUUAAUAGAACCAACGUUUCAUAUUUCACUUCUGUAUUUUAAGCCCUAAAAGCUUCUUAUUAUUUUCUUUAGUCUAUGAGACAACGACCUACUACCUGAAUAUAUGGAUUAAAAUAAAAUAAUUUAAGAAACUACAUCAAUUUAAGUAACAUUGUUGUUAGUUAAAUAUUAGAACCCUUCAUAGUAUCUUAUGUUAUCUGAAGCUUAGAUAAAGUUUCUGAAUUCGUACGAGAAACCGAAUAUCUGACCUCCUCCCAUUAUAAUAAUGUUAAGCAGUGAUUCAAACGGGGAGCAUGUAUUUCAAUCUAACAGUUAGUGCCUCCGGAUUAUUUCCUAAAUUAAAUUGCAAUCACCAAGUAGGCAGUGCUGAUAUUAAGUAUUAGAGUAAAUUAUUUGAUUAUUUAAGUCUUUGCAAAAUUAAUUGUCAUGACCCUGUCUUGUAUAAAUAUGUUCCGUUUUGUCGACUUAUUCUUGAUAAUUUUUACUAUUUCAAAAAUAAUUUCUAUACAAAUAUUUCAAUUUAAAUGACAGGAUAUAAAAUUAGGAUUCCUUGUUCGAUAGUGUUGUGUUUAAGUAUGCUUACAUUUAAUAAAAAUUUGUGAUCACGAGACGCUUGAUAUGAUGAAAAACCAUUUUCCGGUAAACGUAUUUACCAUUUUUUAUACUCGAUCAUCGUUGAACAACCGAUUGAAUGGGACUCGCCACUAUACAUCAACUUGAUUGAUUAUGAGAAGGCAUUUGACAGUGUGGAUAGGAGGACCUUAUGGAAACUUCUUCAACACUGUACUGUAUUUGAGAGAAUCGUCAACAUCAUCCGGAAUUCAUACGACGGUCCACAGUGCAGAGUCUUGCAUGGGGGGCAGCUGACAGACGCUUUCCAAGUGAGGACCGGGGUCAAACAAGGCUGCCUACUCUCCUUCUUCUGGUAGUUAGUUGGAUUAUGAAGACCACCUCCACACCUAACGGAAAGCACGGAACACAAUGGACGGGUUGGAUACAGCUGACGAUUUGAAUUUCGCAGAUAACCUUACCCUUCUAUCCCAUGCACACGAACAAAUGCAGAUAAAGACAACUAGUGUGGAGGCAGCUUCUGCAUCAGUAGGCUUCAACAUGCACGAGGGAAAAGGCAAGAUCCUCAAAUUCAACACAAAGAACACCAACCUAAUCACGCUUGAUGAAGAAUCUCUGGAAGAGGUGGAAAGUUUCACGUACCUGGGCAGCAUCAUCGAUGGACAAGGAGGAUCUGAUGAAAACACACAGUCCAGGAUUAGCAAAGUAAGGGCAGAGUUCCUGCGAUUGAGGAGCCAACACUAAGAUCAGAAUCUUCAAUACGAAUGUCAAGACGGUUCUACUGUAUGGAGCUGAAACUUGGAAAAAUACUGCAGCUAUCAUCGGAAAGUAAAAAGUAUUUAAAAAGAAUUAUCUGCGCAAGAUGCUCAAUGUCCGUUGCUCGGAUACCAUCAGCAACAGCCUACUGUGGGAAAGAACAAACCAGCUUCCAGAUUAAGAGGAAAAACGAUGGAGGUGGAUAGGACACUGCGAAAGUCAACGUGGUGCAUUACGAGGCCAGUCCUAACUUAAAGUCUUCAAAGCAAAAGGAGAAGAGGAAUACCAAGUAACACAUUUCGUCAGGAAUCAGAGGCAGACAUUAAAGGAACGAAUAGCACUUAGAAACAACCGGAAAGGAGAGCCCAGAACAAGGUCGUUUGGACAAUCGUGAUUGGUAGUCUAUGCUCUUCCACGAGGGGUAACAGGCGUAAGUAAGUAAGAGGUAGUAACAAUAUUAGUGAUAAUGUAAAAGAUUGGGCAUCGGAGCUACGAUUACGGAAUAAAGAAUGAAACUUUUUUCAAUAUACAUUCGUAAACUUAUUCGUUUUAAGUUGGUUUUUUACAGUAGAGUUAGAUUAUGUGUUUACUUAUUAACUAUGGCAAAUUUGUUGGAUCAGACGUUCACUAUAUAUAUAUAUAUAUAUAUAUAUAUAUUUUAAAUAGCCAACAAAUACAUUCACUGCAGUGAAUGUCAUGUGGAUUAAGCAUUAUUUGGCACCAAUAUAUUAGAGUUAUGUGGUAUGUAACGUUAAUUUGUAACAUUUUAAUAAUUCUAUAACUUCGACUGACCUCUGUUUACUUUUGCCAGUCGUUGUUUAUUUCGUAAUCAACAUAAGAAUUUAUUAUUUUCAUUUGAUAUUUUAAAGCUCGUUUAGCUUUUGCCAAUUUACGUCACCAUUGGUGUAGGCAGAAUAUCCGUCUACCAAUUAGGGGGCGAAUAUACUGCUCAGCAGUUCUUUCUCUUCUACACUACGAAUGCAAAACGUGGCCAUUAAGAGUAGUAGAUACUCGUAAACUACUAGUAUUUGACCACAGAUGUCUUAGAAAUAUUGCUUGCAUCUGCCAAAAUCACUGGGUAAGUAGUAGUGAGGUUAGACACAGGGUAUUAGGGAAUGAUGGUAAAGCAGUCGGUGAGUUUGUAAAUCUUCAUCGUCUGGAAUGGUUAGGUCACGUGUUACGUAUGCCUAAACAUCGAUUACCACGACGCGCAAUGCUGACUAGUGUUGAAAACAGUUGGAAGAAAGUUGAGGGCGGCCAAAUCGAAACGUGGCACCGGUCCAUAAAGUCACUAAACUCUAGUCUGAGUUAUGAUGGCAGAUGCAGACUACUUGGUUGGGGUCCGCGUGACUAUCGUAACCAAUGGUUGGAGACUGUGAGUGACAUGGCUCAGAAUCGAUCACAAUGGCGUUGGUGUAUACACUCUUUAUCUUCCUUUAAACCGUGAGGUUAAAAUCGCUUUAUACGUUUCUUUCUACGAAGUAAUUCUUUCUUCCUGUACUGUAUUCCUUAUACACAAUCUUUCUUUUAUAUAUUAUAACCAUUGAAUUAACUACUUCUAUGAAUUUGUUGUUCACCUUGUUGUGCUAAUGAGGUGUGGCAACUUGGACCGAUGCACAUACAUGCCUGGUUCUACGUUGUAGCUGACUGACUGACUCCUAAAUAGUGUUAUAUACUUCUUAUGUCGAUAUUAGGUCCACACACCACAAUUCAGAUGAAUACACAUGAAGAAUUUCACAAAGGACAAGAAUAAGUUGUGUAUAAAUUCUAUGUACUACGUGAUUUGCGAACCCAGUUUGUGCAUAUUGCCUUUGCGAGUCUAGGUUAGUAAAUGAAACUACUAUUAAUCCUCGAUACAUUUCUGGAAUCAUUAUUAUUUGAAAUUUUCGAAAAAACAACCUCCAAAGCACCCGUGUAAGAUGUCAUUAAAAUUGUGUUUAAUCUUCAACUUCCACGCCAUUAUAUUUCGUCAGAUGGAAAUCGUUAUAGGCUUGUUACUAAACUGGGGUCUAUUUUUUUUGUUUAGAACUUUUAAAAUUAUUUCAUCGUUUAAAUUUAUACUUAUAGGACUAUAAUUUGACAACUUAUUUCUGUUCAGCAUCCACAUAACUGAAAUAUCACCUGGAGAAUCUAGUCUUGUAAACAGUUUUAUAAACUAUCUAGCUUUUCCAUGUCAGUUGAAUAAUUCUGAAAGUGCAACACUUUUAAAGUGGCCGUUUAACUUUCAAAGUAAUUAGUCAAUAACACAUUACAAAGUAAAAUGAAGCUUGACUGAGCCUUAUUUUCUCCCGUUUCACCUGUAAGAUUUUCAAUAGUAAGCGAAUGUUUAAGCAGUAUGAAAUUCGUUUGUUUACUUCCCAAAACUACAUUUUUUAAAACUAGUGUUUUGGCUGUAUUUUUUUAUUGGAAAAAAAUGACUUAGAAACUAUUUAUAAGUCAUCAUACUUAUGCUUAAAACACCCGUAUAUUCCGUAUUACUUGUUCGAAAGUUCUGUCUAUUAAUUUUCUUAUUGAUAUUUUCUCUACAAGGUAUUCUUCUGGGUGUGUAACAAUGAAGAGGAUAUGGAGAAAGCUUUUGAACUUGGAGCUUCAGGAGUAAUGACAGACUAUCCCAGAAAACUAACCGAAUUCCUGAAGAAGCAUCCUGAGUAUCCAAAAGUUUUUUAAUUCAUUUAACAUCCUCGCUUUAAUAAAACAUUGGACUUUAUUUCUGUUCAUAUCCUAUGUUUUAUGAAUUUCUGAUUUGAAUUAAACGUGUUUAUUUUGUAAAUGACGUUGAAUUUAUAUGAACAUUAGUCAUUUUCAUUAUUUUACGAUCGGAACACUUCACUCCGUAAAUAAUAACCACGAGUUUCACAGGCCUAAGAAUACUUCAUGUUGUCGAUGC